AUGGGUGUGCCCUCGAUUUUCGCUGAUGUCGGAUGGUGCCCCAGGGAGCUCUACACCUCCAUCCUGGAGGCCAAUGACUACCAGGAGAGAAGGGUCACGGAGCUGUGCAAGCUGAACAAUGUGCGAGCCGAAAAGAUGCAACGGCUGCUGAAGCAGGGGAAGGCUCCGGUGGUGUUUUCCUUCGUGAACCUCCGGGGCGGAACCAUCGGCCGGGAUGAGGUCGAGGACGACUGCAACGCGAAGCUGGUCGCGAGGCAGGAAAUUGUUCACGCCGAGCCGCCCAGCGGGGACUUGCACAGGGCCCUGAUGUCGCACGUCAUGGACCGCAGCCGCCGUAACUCUGACACCAGGACCGGCAGCAAGAACAUGGGCCUUCUCAAGAAGCUGGUGAACACUUUGCAAGAAGAAAAAGAUCAGGAGAGAAAGAUUCCUGUGGAAGACCCCAAUCGGCUGCCGACCAGGGAGUGGGGAGACUUCUCGGAAGGCUCAGGACCCGCUGAGUACUUGGACGACGAGGACAUGGCCGACCACGCUCAGGAGGGCGGUGAAGAAGAGGAGAUGGAUAAUGAUGCAAUCAUUCCGGACCCCGACGACCCUACCGGCUUCCCAAAGACCCCUUGCAAGCCCCAUGCCCCGCCGACGCCGGUGGACAGCGACACCGAGGCAGCUGCAGCCGAAGAAGCCUUAGGAGAAGAAGCCGAAAAGAAUGCCGAUGCCCAGAAGGAUUGCUUCGGGGCGGUUGGAUCGGUUUUAAUCGUGCUCUGGCAGGUGCAGCAGAGGAUCCGGAAUGCCGCCACCUUGUCGGAGGUGCAGACAGACGAGGCAGUGCAAGGGCGAGGCAAUCCACGCGGUCGCGGCCGUGGCCGCCGUGGCCGUGGUCGUGGACGAGGCCUCGCAAGGGGCAGCAAGGACGACCAGGCUGUCAAGGCCGAGGACGACGAUCUCGAUGCAGAGGACGAGAAGGCCACGAAUGAGGUACUUUUGGAGGAGGCGGAGGACAAGCCGAAGAACAAAGCGAAGGCAAAAGCAAAGGGACAAGCGAAGAAGGAGCCGAAGGCGAAAGCAAAGGGACAAGCAAAGAAGGAGCCGAGGGCCCAGGAGAAAGUGGAAACGCCCGCCAGUGUGGAGGAGGACUGUCUGUGGCUUGCAAUGUCCAGUUUUACAAAUAAGCUCGAAUCGAAGCCAACAUCGUCCAGGCAUGCAAGCGAGUCACGUCGCUCAGUGCCUACCAGAAGGACCAAUAAAAAUAAUUUAUAA